CCACAUCACAACGAUUAGCAAGCGGACCAUCAAUUAAUUUCUAGCGCAUCUAUCCAUCCACUAAACUUUGACAAAGCAUUCUAUCUGACAGCACUAGCAGAGGCUGGUUCGGCAACAACAAUGGCGUUCGUGCCGAUCUGCGUGCAGUGCGGGACGAGGAGCAACCCGUGCCGGUGUAAGGUGGUUGGCCCGACGCUGGGAUUCGUGGCGCUCGUCGUGGCCGGAGUGGUGGAGUGGCCGCUGGGCGCCGCCGUGUACCUUUUCCGCCACCGCAAGGGUCGCCGCAUCAUGGGUCACCCGACCACGGUCGUGUACCCUCGCGUCACCGGCGCAAUCCCCAUCUAAUCGACCGCAGCAUCUGCCUCUUCGGUGGUGAUCUGUCACGAGGUACCGCCGUUGGCUUGUCAAGCUGUGUCAUGUAAUCUGGGAGAUUCGUCUCUCCGACUCUCAGCGUGUGUUUAAUAAAGCGAGGUUUUUGUUGUCGUGGUAUUUGCAAGGCUUCGCCGUGGCUGUACUUAAUAUUUGUUCGUCGAUGUUGAGUAGCUGUUUUGGUCACCCCGAGUGCUCUCUCCUCCCUGACUCCUCUUUACGGAAAAUGCUCUUUAUGUAGUGCCCCCUCCGAUCUUCUCUUCUUUGAAAAAUGUUCCUUAUGUAAUGUUUCCUCCUAUCCAAAAUAAAAUAGGUGUCGUGGUUUUAGUUUAUUA